AUGUCCGGAUUUACAGCGUUGAACGGGGCGUCGCUCAAGCCGGAAGCGAUGGUAAACGGGACAUCAGAGCCAGACCGGGUGUCGAGACCCGCUGAAGCCGCAGGCUAUGGGGAUGCUCGCGACCAGGACCGGCUUCCCCUGCCCGGCGUAGCCUCCUUCACGACCGAGAGCCAAGGUUCGCAAAAGCGCAAGCGUUCGAUUGACGACGAGCCCAGGCGAGAGCGAGAGCGCUUUCCGUCCCCGCCGUAUCGCCCCGAAAACGAGCAAGUGGAGCGUGCCCAGCCCGAGCAGAAGCCGGCCGAGGACUCUCGGGGUGAUGAGCACUGGCGUAACCAGCAGCCGAGGGAAGACCGCGAGGGAACAAACCCGACUGGGUCGAGCUCGGCCCCGGCCAACGAGAGUGCGAAAACAAGCCAGCAGGCUGACGGCGAGCAGGGAGACAAGACUAGCCCUGACGCCGAAAACAGUUCAGGAGUCCAGAGAAAGGACGGCGUGCAGUCGGACCCCAAGAAGAGGAAGCGAAACUUUAGCAACCGCACCAAGACCGGCUGCCUGACCUGCCGGAAGCGCAAGAAGAAGUGCGACGAGUUGAAGCCUGAGUGUAACAACUGCUAUAAGGGCGGCUUCGUGUGCGCUGGCUAUCCUCCGCAGAGGGGUACUUGGACCAAGCCCGAGAGCAAGCCGGCCCAGGUCAACAUCGAGUCGAAGGACCCGAACUACGUCCCGCCAGGUGCAUACAGCAUGCCGCAGCAACCGGCCCCUCCUCCUCCCCCUCCUCCUCCGUCCACAUACAGCGCCCCGCAGUCAAUCGUGGGACAACAACCACCUAAGCGCGACACGUUGCCAUAUAACCGCGGCCAGCCAACGCUGCGUAUCACAACCCCCGCGGGACGCCCGCUGCAGUCAGAUGACGAGAGGACCGCGUCGACGAUGCCCAGCUCCAUCUUAUCUCCCGAGAACAAGCUCUCGGCCCUGUCAGCAUAUACAUCUUGCUCGAGUGCGAACGUCUUUCCUACUCCUGUCAGUGCUGCUGUCUCGGCCUUUUCAGACAGGACGCCCAAGGAGUACCAGAGAGUGCCGCCGCUACACGAUCUGACCAGGACGGAACCCGACCAGCAGUCUUCUCUGCCGCCCCCUCAGAGUAGCACCCUGACGCAUUCUCCUUACAGUAUCGUACACGGCGGCAGGCCCGAGAGCACGCCGGCGUCGCAGCCGCCUUCCAUAUCGUCACAGUCUACGGCGCCCGGCGGUUCGGCGCAGACGACUGCCCAGCUGGCGUUGUCGCACUCGCAAUAUCCGCAGCACUCGCAGCGUCGCGAGAAGGAGGAGAUGCUCGCCGGAAGGCAGUACUACCCGUUCGACCGCGAGCUGGUGUUGGAGCGCGAACGCUGCAACGCGGCGUGCUGGCGCUUUAACAACUCGACGAACCCGAACCUGGGUGUCUCACCGACCGAGCGGGCGCGCCUGUUCCGCGACAUCCUGCAGCCGCGCGACCAGUCGGGGCUGUCACCUACCAACACUUCUCCGGUCACAGCGCAGGGCCGGGUGGGCGAAAACAUCGUCGUCGAAGCCCCCUUUAACUGCGACUAUGGGUACAACAUCAAGAUCGGCAACAACGUGCUCAUCUACCGCAACUGCUACAUCAACGACGUGUGUGAGGUGCGCAUCGGGAAUAACGUGAUCAUCUCCCCCUUUGUGUGCAUCUACACAGGGCGGUGCAGCACCAAUCCUAGGAAUAGGCUGGGUACCCAGGGCACGCAGCACGGCAAGCCGGUAGUUAUUGAGGACGAUGUGUGGAUUGGGGCCAACGCCAUCAUCUUGCCUGGGGUAACGAUCGGGAAGGGGUCGACUGUGGGAGCGGGGUCGAUUGUUACUAAGGAUGUGCCAAAGUGGAGUAUCUGGAUGGGAAGGGCGGCAAGUUAUAGGAGGGGUAUUGAUCCCCAGGGGACAGCUUACUCAUGA